CUUCGCUGGGAACGACUUUCAGUUCGGUCGAGGAGCACGGCGGUUCGGUUCGGUGUUUUACUUGUUUCAGCGGUGUUUCAGCGCUGUUGUGUCUUGUUGGUGCCGUGUGAAGUGAAACAAUUGGUCGAAUUGGUCGGUAGUAGGCUGUUACUACAAAGGAUACUUCGAACCCCCACCUUUAUGUGGGGCCAGUGAUGUAUCCUUUCGCCUUGGUCGUAGCUGUUGGAGAAGAUUUUGUGUGAGUGGUUCGUGCGUUCGUGUCCUCGUCCUGCUUACCGCCGUGAGAAAGUGAGAGUUCCCGUGAAAUUGGGUCGAGCAGAAACAGCGAAAUCGGCAAAAGGAAGCAAGAAAGGUUGGGGCGUACUGCCCAUUAUGCUUCGUCGUUACCGCUAAAGUGGAAGAGUGGUUGCUGUUAUGGCAUAAACGUUCGCAGCGGAUCGGAAUAGUGCUUGCAGAGGUAGUGCUUUCUAGUAGUAGUCCACUGCACCACCGAGUUCGUUGUUAUCCUGGCGCCGUGGUGCGAAGAGAUGUCAGCCCCAUCGAUGGAGGCGCGGGUUCGAGUGAAGCGGAAGUUCCUUGCUCCGGACGUGUUAGGAUGCAGUGAAAUCAAUAACCACGAAAAUUGGCGGAGGAAACGCAACCGCCAGUCCUCUCCGAUUUCCGCUCCAUGGUCCAUCGGUAUCAUCGUGUGUUUGUUUUCGGUCGUUGGUGGUACGCUGGCGUUUGCCGGUUCCCUGCACGAUGGCCAUUGCAAGCAUCAACAUCCCAAGGCACAUGAGGUUAUCCAUGGUGUACAACUGGAACCUUUGCACGUGAUUCGGAAACGUAGCAUCAAUCAGGCGCUGCGCAUAUUGCUCGUGUACGACGAAUCCGUGUACCGGCUUAACAGAGAUAAAUUUUCGUUGAUAAAUAACACAAUUCUACCGGAAGCCGUGCGAUUCUGGGAGCAAGCGCUUAUGGUGCGCCAGACGAAGGAGGUCAUAAGACUGAACCGCAAAUGUGAGAGCAGCCAGGUGUUUGUGAAGAAUUCGAUGACCUACUGCAUCGACUCCUGCAAAGCAGUCACACUUUGCGGUGAGGUGCAAGUGCCUCCGGAACAUCUUGAUGUUUGCCGCGUCUGCAACUCAACGGGUCAAGAUUGCCAUGAAGACGCAAGCACCGUUGCCGGACAGGGCAUAUCAAAUGCCGAUUUUGUGUUCUACGUAUCCGCUUUGCAGUCGGAUCGCUGCCAUAAGGGUCUCACCGUUGCCUACGCGGCACACUGCCAGCAAGAAGCGGCCCUUGAUCGUCCCAUCGCCGGCCACGCUAAUCUCUGUCCGGACAGCAUUAGCACUAAACCGCAAGAGCUGCAAACGCUGCUCUCCACGGUGAAGCACGAGAUACUGCAUGCACUCGGGUUUUCCGUCAGUUUGUACGCUUUCUUCCGGGAUGAUAAUGGUGCUCCUCGGACUCCUCGCAAACCUGACACCGGCAAACCAUAUCUGAAUGAGAAAUUUCAAAUUCACCAGUGGAGUGAAGACACCAUCCGGAAGGUUGUUCGCACUGAUUGGGCAGUGCGGGGCGGUACUAUCAAUCGCACCAUCGAUAUGUUUGUGACCCCACGCGUAGUGAAAGAGGUGCGCGAUCACUUCGGAUGCCAGAAGCUAGAGGGUGCCGAACUGGAGGACCAGGGAGGUGAAGGAACGGCUCUUACACACUGGGAAAAACGGGUUCUCGAGAAUGAGGCCAUGACGGGGACCCAUACGCAGAGUUCUGCAUUCUCGCGUAUUACGCUUGCCCUGAUGGAGGAUUCGGGAUGGUAUAGGGCAAACUACAGCAUGGCAUCACCUUUGACAUGGGGUCGCGGUCUUGGAUGCAAUUUUGCGAUGCGCAGUUGCAAGGACUGGAUCAUUUCUAACACUGCCAGGGGCCGUUCUAUUCAUCCAUUCUGCGUGAAGGUGAAACGUGAUCCACUCCAAACGGAAUGUACCGACGAUCGGAGCUCGGUCGCAUUGUGUAAUUUGGUGAAGCAUCCAACUCCGCUUGCCCCACAAUAUCAAAACUUUGAUUCACUAGCCUAUGUACCGGUUGGCGAAGAAGGGUACUUCGGUGGCUCGGUUUCACUCGCCGAUCAUUGUCCUUACAUUCAAGAGUUUACGUGGCGUAGCAAAAAUGUUGUCGUACGAGGAUCGCAGUGCCAGUUCGAGGACAACAAUCCAAAACCGGAGAAAAACUUUGCUCUUGAAUCGUACGGGCCAAACUCGAAAUGCUUCGAUCACAGCGAAAAUAUGUGGGAAGAGCGAUCGUGCCGGCAGACACGGGAAUGGCAGCAUUGGGGUUCUGGAUGCUAUCAAUACCGCUGUGAUCACGGACGGUUGCACAUAUUGAUAGCCAAUAAGUCGUACGAGUGUUUCUAUGCCGGCCAGAAGCUCAACAUCCAGCUGAUGGGCGAAGGGUGGUUACAUCGCGGUGCCGUUAUUUGUCCGUCGUGUAAGGAGCUUUGUAACAGUGAGUUUGAACG